AUGAAUCUCCUACUCUCAGAUGACUAUCUUCUCCAAGAUUACCCCGAGCACAUCACAAAUACCAUCCGUUCAGGACAUGCGACAACUCUACGUUUUAACCGGCAGGGCGAUUACCUUGCUUCAGGCCGAGUCGAUGGAACCGUUGUAAUUUGGGAUCUGGAUACAAUGGGAGUCGCGAGGAAACUGAGGGGUCACAAUAAGAGCAUCACAGUCACGAGCUGGUCAAGGUGUGGACGGUAUCUUCUCACGGCCUGCCACGGAUGGAAAGCUAUCCUUUGGGACCUUAAGGAUGGAAAGCGUCUACGCGAGGUUCGUCUUCGCGCGCCUGCGUAUAUGGCUGAGCCUCAUCCAUGGAACCACCUUAAAUUUGUCGCCGCGCUAUACGAAGAGCAGCCACUCCUAGUCGACAUAACCGAUCCUGUCGACGUGAAACGUAUACUCCCAUCAGCGGCGAAGCGACCGAGUACCGACGAUGCAGCACUGCGCGAGAAGCAAGCCAAAGAAGAUGCGAAACAAAUGACAACAUCUGCGAUCUGGAGUACAACUGGAGAUCAUGUGCUCGCCGGAACCAACAAAGGCAAGCUCAAUAUCAUCGAUGCAAAGACAUGCGAAAUUAUUUACUCGGAGAAGAUAUGUUCGAGUGCCAUUACCAACCUGCGAUUGACCGUAUCAGGACGUGAGUUAUUAGUCAAUUGCCAAGACCGAAUUAUUCGAACUUUCCGAGUGCCAAAUUUACUGGCCGAGAACCUCGACCUCGAUACACUACAAUUACCACUGGAGCACAAGUUCCAGGACGUUGUCAACAGGCUAUCAUGGAAUCAUGUCACGUUCAGUGCAACUGGUGAAUAUGUAGCAGCCUCGACGUACAACAACCACGAGCUGUACGUAUGGGAGCGCAAUCAUGGCAGUCUGGUUUGUAUGCUCAAGGACCCAAAAGAAGAACAAGGCGUGAUAGAGUGGCACCCAACUCGCGCGCUCUUGGCUGCCUGCGGCCUGGAAACCGGUCGCAUAUACAUAUGGUCUGUUAUCAGCCCGCAAAAAUGGUCGGCGCUGGCGCCUGACUUUGCUGAAGUGGAAGAGAACGUUGAGUACAUUGAGCGGGAAGAUGACUUUGAUAUCUAUGCGCAAGAAGAGAUACACCGACGGCGACUAGAUGCUGAAGAUGAAGAGGUUGAUGUGUUGACACUGGAUCCAUCCAAAACCCUGGACGAGGGAGAAAGCUUUCGGAUGCCAAUUCUGUUUAAUCUCGGGGAGAGCGACAGCGAGGACGAAUUCAUCGCAGUAUCAACCGGCACCAUGAGACGUAGGAGUCCUGGAGAGGGUCAAAGCGAUUUGGAGGAAAAGAUACCCGUUCAGAAAAGCACGGCCGGGAAAAGAGGCCGAAAGCGUUAG